UCACCCAAUGUCUAAAAUGAAGCAACCUUGUAAUCAACAAUUGGCAAAGGAGGUACCUACAAAGGAAAGAACAUUAUAUCAUCCUUUGCUUACUUAUCCAACAAUUAGUAUUAAACAUCAGCUCAAGUUAUUAUACAGCCAACCCGGAUUUAAAGCAUCAUGCAGAAAAUGGGUUAAUAGAAAUAUAAAUGAUAAUUAUCUUGCCGAUAUUUAUAAUGAUAAAGAUUUUUUUACAUCAAAACAUGCCGAUACACAUCUUGAACUUAUGAUUAAUCUGGACUGGUUUAGCUCCUUUCAAAAUUCUAUAUAUUCUACUGGUGCAAUAUAUGCAGUUAUCUGUAAUUUGCCCUGUGAACUCAGAUUCAAGCCUCAAAAUAUAAUUACUCUGGCAUUGCUACCGGGACCCAAAGAA